GAGUAUAUUUAUUAAUAGACCGAAAGCUAUCCGAAGCCCAAUAAAUAAAUAAUAAAAGCCAUCCACCAAAUCUAUCUAACUCCCAAACAGUACCUACCGUCUUCCUCGACAAGCACCCAUCGUCGUCGCAGAUGUCUCCCGAAAUUCUCAUACGUACCUGCGAAGCACGCUAGUAGCGUUUCGAUCUUCACUUCAGCAUCAAUGGCGAGCAAAGAGCCGCUGAUUAUCACAGGCAAGGAGGAGAUGCGACGGUGGUCGAGGGCGGCGCGCGCGGAGGGGAAAUCCAUUGCAUUAGUCCCUACCAUGGGGUAUCUCCACCAAGGUCAUCUAACCCUAAUUCGAGAGUCUCUUAGAUACGCAGAGGCAAUCGUGGUAUCGAUUUAUGUAAAUCCAGGACAGUUCUCUCCCACCGAAGAUCUUUCGACAUAUCCGUCGGAUUUUGUCGGCGACAUUCGGAAAUUGAGGUCGAUUUCCGGCGCCGGCGUGGAUGUCGUCUUCCACCCGAAGGAUCUGUACGGCUACGGCCGGAGCAAUUCGUCGAAAAUCGAUGAAAACAGAAGUGAAGGAGAAGUGGUUUCGUGUGUGGAGAAGAGUGGGAAUGGGCACGAGACAUGGGUGAGGGUAGAGAGGCUGGAGAAAGGAUUGUGUGGGAAGAGCAGACCUGUGUUCUUCAGAGGCGUGGCCACCAUUGUUGCCAAGCUUUUCAACAUUGUGGAGCCUGAUGUUGCUGUGUUUGGGAAGAAGGAUUAUCAACAAUGGAGGAUCAUACAGAGAAUGGUGCGAGAUCUCGAUUUUGGAAUAAAGGUGGUUGGAACCGAGAUAGUUAGAGACGACGAUGGCCUUGCCAAGAGUUCGAGAAAUGUGCGUCUAUCACCGGAGGAGAGGGCAAAGGCAUUGUCGAUUAGUAAAUCGCUUUUCAGCGCUAAACUUGCCGCAGAGAAGGGUCAGGUGAAUUGUCAAGAGCUAAUAAAUUCCGUUGCGCAAUCUAUAACCAAAGCAGGCGGAAAAGUCGAUUACGCAGAGAUUGUAGAUCAAGAAAAUUUGGAUCUGGUGAAAGAGAUCAAGAGCCCAGCUGUAUUCUGCGUCGCGGCAUGGUUUGGGAAUGUUCGGCUAAUCGACAAUAUGGAAAUCAACAUUUAACAGAGAAACCAUAAUUGCUUUGAAAAAUAGGUACCAGAAACUUAUCCUAAUUGAGUUCUUGAAGCAAUGGCUAUGAUUUAUGAACUACAGCUACACGAUAACCUUAGGUUAACUUAUUUCGACAUUUUCAACAUUCAUGUAUCUCGGGUUUCUUCAGAAUUGCAUUUAUGUAACUUCUUUAAGUUUUCUGAA